AUGCAACCUGCGCCUUGCUGCGCACUCACUAGCGUUCCGAUCGGCUAUACGCAAGUUGACUCGUCUAUAUUCCCCAGGGUUGUCAAGAGUCCCUGGCCCGAACCACCCUCCGCGGCGCUCGGAACGCGCUCCAACUUCUCAACCGCGCAUGGGGCUUGGUUGAUCCCUACAACUAUGGAGAAUCACCGCCGUGACGACUCGCCUUCCGGCCUUUCUGAUAUUGUAGAGGGCGAAGGCUUGCUCGGUACGGGCAUUACAACCCGUCAUAUCGAGGCAUUCGGCCGCAAGGUGACCUCAACCGCAGGUCACUUAAUAGGCCCAGCCGAUCAGCAGCAAAGUGCCAUCUACCAAAAUGCCAUGACCGACAUCCACCCCCAGACCACCCCGACGGAUCUGGUGCGGUCGAGGCUGUCGACCUCUGAAAUCCAAUCGCGUGCUCUCUCGUCACUUCCUGAUAACCUCCUUCACGACCUCCCCGAAGACUCGAGCUCCUAUUCUCUCUUCCAAGGCUUCCAAGCCACGCUCCCCGAAGAUGACCACGCACAUAAACGAUCGCACCGGAGGCGGUCGUCUAAGGGCGGAAAGCUCUUGAAAGAUAGCGAAAAAGGAGGUUUGCUGACCGCUGGCCCGGCCGGAUUGAAAGAAGAGCGCCAAGUACUUAGUCGUCGACUAGACAUGAUGGGAGUCCGGAAGAACAUGUGCAGCGCGGAGAUACACGAGAUCGAUAAUAAGAUCGCCAACUUGCACAAAAUGCGUCAGAUUGUUCUCGACCGAUUAGCCGGCCUAGAAAUGGACGAGGCCGCCCUGGAACAUGAUUUGACCGAGAUUGAUAUAAAAUUAGAUGAACUUCCAGAAGAGUCUCUUGGAGAGUCUACGAUGACUGAGACACCCAAAUCACUGGAGGGCCAGGAAAAUUCUUCAGAUGAUCCGGCCAUGGAGGCCUCUUUCAUGUCGGAAUCGAUAUACGAGAAGAUUCCUUCAACCCCUUCAAGGAGUCUCCGCCAUAGAUCUAUAAGAAAACGCUCCAUGCCCAUCCUCCAUGAACACUUUGCGCCGGGGUCAUUGAUCAAAGAAAUCGAAGCGCAUACGGAUAUGGUUACUGCGAUUGACUUUGACUAUCCGUUCGGAACCAUGAUUAGCGCCGCACUCGACGAUACCGUUCGGGUCUGGGACAUGAACGUCGGACGGUGCUCGGGACUCCUGGAAGGCCAUCACGCCUCAGUCCGAUGCUUGCAGAUAGAGGACAAUAUCGUUGCGACAGGCUCGAUGGAUGCAUCCGUCCGAUUAUGGGACCUGAGCCGUGCUCGGACCGCCACCAAUGACAGCAGCCGCUUAAACAAGCAUGAGCGCGUUGAAGACGACGAACAAUCCGCCCCCGUACUGCCCUCUUCCAACCUGGAAGACUGUCAUGUGUUUUCGCUGGAGGCACAUAUGGAUGAAGUGACUGCCCUUCAUUUUAAGGGCGAUACUCUCAUCUCUGGAUCUGCCGAUAAGACUCUGCGCCAAUGGGAUCUGGUUAAAGGCCGAUGUGUACAGACCCUGGAUGUCUUGUGGGCAGCAGCACAAUCGUCUUCGUCGACUUCUGACGGAAGCUGGCGCCCAUCUGGCCGCCUUCCAGAUGCCUCUGCUGACUUUGUUGGGGCAGUUCAGUGCUUUGACGCUGCUUUGGCCUGUGGAACCGCUGAUGGCAUGGUGCGUCUCUGGGAUCUUCGUAGUGGUCACGUUCAUCGAAGUCUUGUGGGCCACACCGGCCCAGUCACCUGUCUCCAGUUUGAUGAUGUGCAUCUGGUGACUGGUAGUCUUGACCGGAGCAUUCGGAUUUGGGAUCUACGAACGGGAUCCAUUUACGAUGCAUUCGCCUUCGAGAAGCCGAUCACAAGCAUGAUGUUUGACCAAAAGCGAAUCGUGGCCGCUGCCGGUGAGAAUGUGGUCAAGGUCUACGACAAGGCUGAUGGACACCAUUGGGACUGUGGUGCUGGCGUCGGGCUGGACGACGAGGGCCCAAUGCCCUCGACGGUCGAGCGUGUCCGCAUCAAAGAUGGGUAUCUUGUUGAAGGACGUAAAGACGGCACGCUGGGUGCCUGGACCUGCUAA